CCGCUCUCUCCCGGUCAAUUCUGUCACUCCGACAUCACACCAUCCACCACCCACCCGCCGCCGUCGCCAACAUGCUCCUGUCCCGCACCGCCGUCGCCGUCGCCCGCCGGGCCACCGCUGCCCCCGCUCUCCGUCGCAGCAUCGCCACCACCGUUGUGCGCUGCAACGCCGAGACCAAGCCUGUCCCCCACAUCAAGCGUCUCUCCGAGAUCAAGACCAAGGAUGACCUCUUCGGCCCCGGUGCCGCCCCCGGCACUGUCCCCACCGAUCUCGAGCAGGCCACCGGUCUCGAGCGUCUCGAAAUUCUCGGCAAGAUGGAGGGCGUCGACGUUUUCGACAUGAAGCCCCUUGAUGCCUCCCGCAGGGGCACCAUGGAGAACCCCAUCUCCGUCCGCUCCGCCGGUGAUGAGCAGUACGCCGGUUGCACUGGCUUCCCUGCCGACUCCCACAACGUCAUCUGGCUCACCAUGACCCGCGAGCGUCCCGUCGAGCGCUGCCCCGAGUGCGGCAACGUCUACAAGAUGGACUACGUCGGUCCCCAGGACGACCACGCCCACGACCACGGCCACGACCACCACGGCUUCGAGGAGCCCAAGACCUUUGCCGACUACGUCAAGCCCGAGUACUGGUAAAUUACCCAGUUGUGUUGGGUUUGCCAAGGGAGGUUUGAGGUUUUGUGUAGUGGGUUGUUAAUAGAAGAAGACAUUGACAAAUACGAUGCAUGCAUAUGACAAGUUUACUGGGAGGCAAGCACUGUGAUUGCGAACCUGGAGAACACGGGGGUGAUGAUGAGGCUGGGUAGGUGGUUGACUGAACCUGCAUUCGAGAACCUAGAGCUGUAGAUUUCUGCCUAAAACCCUGGGGACAACAACUAAAUACUGAACAUGGAAUUGUAUAUACCAUCGAGAAACUCGAGAGGUGUUGGAUUCACAUUCAUUCUGGAUCAACACCACGUCCCGAU